AUGGUGGCACAAAGACUGGCCCUGGUAAAAUUGGCACAGGAGGACAGACCUAAAAAUUCAGCCACAGAGGAUGACAUAUGUCCAUCAUACGAGGACCUGAAGAAUGAGAUACAGCUCCUAAAUGAAGAGAGAGACCGUCUGAGUACCGAGCUGAAGCGCAGUGCUCUGAUCCUGGAAGGAAAAGUGAUAGAGACCAGACAAAAUUUGGAAGCAGAGAUAGCAGAGUGUCAUGACAAUGUCUCCCUUCUCCGACAAUCUCUGCACGAGACAGAAGGGAAAGAGAAAGCCCUGACAAUGCAAGUGAUGGAGCAAGAAAGGAAACUACAUGAAGCUUGUGAAACUGCUGAACAGCUGAAAGAACAACUGCAGAAUCAAAGGGGGGAAUAUGAGAAAGAGUUGCAGCACAAGGUGAGGAAAGUGGAAGAGAAUACAACUCAGCAACUGGCUGAGAUGGAGAAACAUCUGCAUGAGACAAGGAGAGAGCACACAAAAGCAGUUGUGGCUCUUCGUCAAGGAGAGCGCCAAAUGCAGCGAGAGAGGAAUCGGAGUCAAGAAAUUAUGCGUACACUAGAAGAUGCCACACGAGUGCGCGAGGAGCAGCUGACCCGGCAGCUACGGGAAGCAGAAAGGGACAAAAACCUAAUGAGUGCCACACUGCGGCAGGAGGGAUUAUUGGCCACGUACAAGGAAAACCGGACAGUUGCAAUCCAGUCUUUGGAUACCCACACUGAAAAGGCACAGGGGCCAGCAGGUGCUCCAGGCGUUAUUGGAGCGACAGGCACUAAAGAAUGUAUCUCUAAUAUGCUGGCCAACCUGCAGAGCCUUGGAGCUGCUUUACUGAAAGAAGAUGUUGAUAAUGAAGAUGAGGCUGAAGAACUGAUGUAG